UGGUGGUGGUAUGGUAUAUAUACCUAACAUUUAUUAUUGCCCAAGGGAUGGAAUGUGGUAGGUACUAAGUAACGUUGCGGGGUAGAUCUGUUAUUCGCCUGAUAGGUAGUAUUAAUAUUAUCUUAUUAUUCGGGGAAUUCCCUACGGUGCCGUGAGAUAUGGAGGUGUAACAAAGGGAAUCUUUUAAUGGUCAAUCUCCUCGGCCUCGUGGCGAGACAAAGCAGUACUAGAUCUCCUCAAGUCACCAUUCACUGGAGUGCUUCCCCUAGAUAAUCGUGAUCAAAAUGGGCAAUUCUGAGGAGCGCAAACAGCAACCUUCUCAAGUAGGGGAGAGAGGCGGAGAGAAGAUUCAGCCAGAACUGCAGCAUAUUGGUAGAGCUGGUGGCCAUGAUUCCGAAAAGGGCCUUGGGCCUGGGCACGGGUUAGGGAAUGGGCAGUAUGCCCAGAUCGAUCCAGUUAUCGCCAGUCGCAUCGCGGAGAAUGUCGACGACUUCAUGACUCUCGUCAACGAGGCGAACGAAGCAAACGAGAGAGAACGAGAUAUGAAGCUCACGCACGCCUUCAAGGUGUAUCCCAAAGCCGUCGGUUGGUCGAUGCUGCUCUCGUCGUGUAUAAUCAUGGAGGGCUUUGGGACUUCGAUUGUCGGAUCAUAUAUUUCGUAUCCCCCUUUCCGCGAUAAGUUCGGCACUCUGGCACCCAACGGAGACUACCAGAUCCCAGCGAGUUGGCAGAACGGGAUUUCUGGCGCGACGAAUGUCGGCGAGAUCAUCGGGCUUCAAAUCGCCGGUGUUUUAUCCGAACGCUGGGGCUACCGCUGGACGUUAAUCUCGGCGCUAGUCGCCGUCACGGCGUUCAUAUUCUUCCCGUUCUUCGCCAACAGCCUCACCGUGUUCCUCGUCGGCGAGCUGUUCCAGGGCAUGGCCUGGGGCGUCUUCCAGACCAUCACCGUGGCCUACGCGGCUGAGGUCUGCCCUGUGCCCCUGAGGCACUACCUCACUAGCUACGUAAACCUCUGCUGGAUCAUCGGCCAGUUUAUCUCGUCGGGUGUACUCGCCGGGCUCGAAGGGCGACAUGAUGAGUGGGGAUACAAAAUCCCCUUCUCUCUACAAUGGAUAUGGCCAAUCCCCAUCGCUAUCGGCACGUACCUCGCACCCGAAUCACCCUGGUGGUGCGUUCGACAUAACUAUAAAGAGAGGGCGGAGAAGGCCCUGAAACGAUUGGCUCGCAGCUCUGGGUUUACCCAGCGCGAUGCCGAUGCGGCCAUGGCUUUGAUGGUAUAUACCGACGAGAUGGAGAAGCGAGUCUCCGAGGGAACUAGGUAUUGGGACUGCUUCAAAGGGACCGACCUUAGACGGACCGAGAUCGUAUGCUUUAUAUGGCUUGCGCAAACCAUGUCCGGCACCGCCAUCGGAGGACUAUCGGCUUAUUUCUACCAACAAGCGGGAAUUUCAGACGCAGAUUCGUUUAAGCUUGGUUGGGGCCAGAAUGGUCUCAACGCCGUGGGGACUAUCGCCAGUUGGUUCGUCCUAAACAAAGCCGGCAGAAAGACGCUAGUUUUCUGGGGAAUGGUUAUCAUGUUUAUCUUACUCCUGAUCACCGGCUUCAUGGGAAUCCACGAUCCGCCUAGCACGGCAGAAGCCUGGACAGCAGGGACGAUGGUCAUCCUGCUAAGUGCCACGGCCAACUUCUCCAUCGGUCCCGUGGUCUACACCAUCGUCUCCGAGAUACCGUCGACGCGGCUGCGCUCCAAAUCCAUUAUCCUAGCUCGCAACGCUUACAACGCCAUCAACAUCGCCUUCGUCAACAUCGUCUCGUACCGACAGCUCAACCCGGUUGAAUGGAACUGGGGUCCCAAAGCUGCCUUCUUCUGGGCCGGCACGAACGCCAUAUUUACGGCUUGGGUUUUCUUUAGAUUACCCGAAACUAAGGGGCGGACCUACGCUGAGCUCGACAUCUUAUUCGAAAAUAAAGUACCUGCUCGUAAGUUUGCGAGCACCAAGGUCGAGACUUUGCUUCGAGGUACAGAGGGGGCACAAAAGGAACAAGCAGAUCUUAUUACCACGAGUCAUGUUGCGGGUGGAGAACAGAAAGCUGGGAGCUAGGAGCUAUAUUCCAUACCUGUUGCUAGGAUAUGUGGAGAGUAUUCAUAGUCAAACCACGCACAAAGAUAUGGUAGCAAUAGCUGGUGUAUUCGAAUAACCAAGGAUAUGUCAAGUCAUCGUAAACUACCUAUAUAACACUCAUUACCCAAUCUCCCGCCCAGGGGCAUGUCACAUUCGAUUGGAUCAAUAUACGCUCGAUAAUGGAAACUUGCAAAG